GGCGCGAGUCAAAAAGGAUGGGGCGGCCCCGCGACGCGGCCGGAGCGCUGCCCGCGGGAUCCCGGCCUGUCCGCACCCACCCCAGCAGGCCGAGGUAUCUGACAAAAUAGCCUCAAGAUGAACGUCUUCCUGGAGGUGCUCAAAGUUGUUGGACUUUCAUUUUAUUACCUGUUGGAAUCACUAGUAUUCUUGAUUGUACCUAAACGGAAGAAGAGUGUUGGUGGUGAAAUAGUAUUAAUAACAGGAGCAGGAAGUGGAGUUGGAAGACUCUUAUCUAUAAAAUUUGCCCGCCUUGGAGCCACACUGGUUCUUUGGGACAUUAAUCAAGAGGGGCUGAAGGAAACAAGUCGACUGGCCAAAGAAAAUGGAGCAGUAAGAGUACAGUCUUACACCUGUGACUGUAGCAAAAGGCAGGAGGUCUACAAAGUAGCAGACCAGGUUAAAAAAGAAGUUGGCGAUGUUAGCAUCCUAAUCAACAAUGCUGGUAUUGUAACUGGAAAGAGGUUUAUUGAUUCGCCAGAUUCACUUGUGGAAAAAACCAUGGAGGUGAACAUAAUGGCACACUUUUGGACUUACAAAGCCUUCCUCCCAGCAAUGAUGGCCUCUAACCAUGGACACUUGGUUAGUGUUGCAAGCUCAGCAGGACUCAUUGGUGUCAAUCGUCUUGCAGAUUACUGUUCAAGUAAAUUUGCAGCAAUUGGGUUUGCAGAGUCAAUUAAUUUAGAGAUGAGAGAUCUGGGAAAGACUGGUAUUAAAACCACAAUUGUGUGUCCUUACUUCAUAAACACAGGAAUGUUUGAUGGCUGUAAAACCAAGUGGCCACGUCUGCUUCCCAUUCUAGAGCCAGAGUAUGUAGCUGAAAAGAUAGUCACGGCUAUUCGACAGAACCAAGAAAUUCUGAUACUACCACGCAGUCUGUAUUUCUAUUUUGCUUUGAAAAAUAUGCUACCAGUGAAAGUAAGCAUUCUCCUUGCAGACCUUGCUGGAGCUCUCCACUUCAUGGAUUCCUUCAGAGGUCGAGGGAAGAAGGACUGAAAGUGCAAGAAAAUAAAAUAUCAGCAACUCUAAAGUGAACUGUGUUGGGGUGGUGGUGGGAAAGGUGUGUUUUCUGAAGCUUUGAACUUAAGGUGCCUCACUUCCUUAAUAACAGAUUUUAAGGAAAUUGCUUUUCAAUUAGCUCUUAAUCAACAGCUUUAACAUAAACUUUUUUUUUUUUUUUUUUUUUAGUACAGUGAAAUGAUUUCUUUUCACUUCAUUGUGGAAAAAAAUAAUGAAAUGAGUUGCCUUGGUGAUGUCUGUUAUAAUACCUUAAAUAAGAAUCUGCAUCACAAACUAAUAAUUGGCACAUUUGUGGGGAGACUGAGCCAAGAAACCACAUGCAAUUGGCAGGGCUUCAGCAAAGCCUCUAGUGGAUAUGAUCUGUCUGUCACUCAUUGGACCACAAGGAGGGGCUAUGCUGCUGAAGCUGUUACAAUUCUGUGGUAAACUGAGGAAUGCAAGUUUCCUGAAACAACAGAUUCUAAAAUUCAAGUUGCAACAAAUGGAAGCUUUGUGAAAUGAAAAUAUUUGCUGUGCUGGUGCAUAACCAGUAAAAUGCAUUAAUUUUUGAGGGUAUCUCAGGACUCUUAUGACUAAAUGUCUGGGGGAAAAAAAUGAAUGUAAAUGACGCACUUGUGCUACUAAUGUACUUUUUAUCUAAUUUAUUUUUAAAGCUAAUACUCUGUCUAAAGGACAGUCUUUGUAACUUUUAAGUGCAAUAUUCUAACAACAAAUUUAAAUUUUCCACUCCUAAGCAAAAUACACCACUUAACACAGCAUAAAACUGCCAUUCUAGGUGGGCUAUCAGACAUCUUGCCAGGUAAGACAACAAGCUACUAAAAGCAAAGGUAUUACAUAGCAUACAUUACAUAAUCAGGGCUUCUGGGAUUAUUUCAGAAAGGAAUGAUGCUGACAGAAGUGAAGUGAAUGAGAUCACUAUAGACAACUAUAGUUUGAUUAAGUGUUAUGUUUUUGUUUCUCUGAUUUGAGGGGAUUGCCUUACAUCCACAGAGAUUAGUUUUACUUUCCUUUUACUGUUGGGACCAUUUACUUAUUUUGGACAAAUGCUGAGGAGGCCUUCCCUCUUUGACAGUGGCCACUUACUUAGAAAACAAAAAGCCCCCUUUGGCUUUUGGUAAAUUCAAAGCAAGAAAAAGGAGGAUUAUGCUUUAAAUAUAUGCUAUUUAAGCAUAUGCUGGUUAAUCCCAUCUCAUUUCACAGUAGUCAACUGGCAACUGGUAAUACCUGAAAAAUAAGAUUAUACAAAACUCUUUAUCAUGCAAACUAAUUGAAGGAUGAUAUGGAGAAAAGGAUUUUUUUAAAAAAUGUUUUUCUUCCAGUAUUGGUCUGGAGACUACUCUUAUUUCCCUCAUCGAUGCAAUUAGUGAAGUUUAUCAGUUGAUAAAAAGUAUACAUAGAACUAUUUUACUGCUGAAGAACAAGAAACACUUGGGUAAAAUGAGCAUGUUAGUAAUAGCUCUCUUGUCUGUAAAUUGCACUGUUUACUGAUAAUAAAAUUGACCACUGAUAA